AUUGGACGUCCAUGUGUUCCGACUGCGAUGUUCUCCCCCGUUUCAUGAUAAGCAGCUGAACAGUCGAACUGUCUGUUCUCGUGUUUACGCGCUCCUCAUCUCGCUCGUUCCCCUCAUCGGUGGCCUUCUGUCGCUGAACAUCCUCGCCGAGCAAGUGGGUUUUAGGGUAUAUAGACGCCGCAUUUGGGUUUGGUCCUACGGACGACAAUGGCUGGAGAUACGACGUGGGUCGGGAAGAAGCCCACUCGACGUUUGGGUGGCAUGGCUGAUGCUCUAGCUCUCGCUUCCGAUCUCGGAUUCUCUAUCCCUACGUCGCAGGAAGAUGACCAAAGCACUCCUGGUGCAUCAAAAAUCAAUGACAAGAGUGAUGAUUUGGUAAAAGUGCUGAGAGAGCUUACAUCUGUGCAACGAAAUUUGGCUAAUCUUCAAGUAGAACUUCAAGGCCGCAAAGAUGAUAAAAAUCUGGCACAUCUUACUCAUGUUAGUGAAAUGGAAAAGAAGUGUGAGUCCUUGUCAAGGAUGACUGCAAUACUUAAGGAUGUCAUUCAGAACAAGGAUCGGAUCAUAGCAAGACUUCAGCAACCGUACUCCCUGGACUGUAUUCCGGUUGAGGCAGAAUUUCAGAAACAAUUCUCCGAGCUUCUUCUGAAAGCUGCAAGUGAUUAUGGAGCACUUACUGCAGCAGUCGGGGAUUUACAGUGGAGUCAGAAUUUUAGAGAAUCGCCUACAGUUUGGGGUGAAAUGCUGCGGCCUAUUCCUGUUGCUCUGGCAUCAUGCACUCGCUUUUUUGAAGCUAUGUCUGCAAUGAGGGACUCGUUUGCCACACUCCAGAAACUACGUGUGGGCCAAUCAUGCCUUGCUACACCAGCCAAAUCUUCUGAAGGCACGGUUGAUUUGAAUUGUGUGACACCACCACUCCAGUGGAACUCCACUGACUUUUCUGCAGAGGAACCAAACUCCGAUGAUGUGGUUAUACGGAGCCGGCAAAAACAAGACGGUACAGUUGAGGAGGACACAGGGGAAGAAAAUACGGUAGAGGAUCCACAUAAUGUCGACCCAUCGAAGCAAAGAAGGUUGUCUUGGCCAUGCUCCCCAAAACCUGGUGUAUGAUUCUGGUUGAUCUCUACAGCUCUUUUCAGCUCUCAGGAUUGCAAGUUUCUGUGUUGUACUCCAUGUUCAUUAUGCCUGUAUUUAAAUCACUCCAAUUGUCAUUAAUAAAGUUGUAUCCAUAUGGAUGAAAACGUGCAGAACUGGCGUGUAAGCACAGGGAGCAUGCAUGGGCCCUGCCGGCAAAGGUAUUUGCUUCAGGGGUUUUAUGCUGUUCAAGUGUCUAAAUUCCUAUUGCUUGCAUGUAGUUUAUUUCCUUAAAUAAGAAACUAAAAGAAACAGGGAUAAGU